AUGAUGGAAUACGGAAGAACGCGCAAAGGGCCGCUGCCUGGAGGUCGCCAGGGCGCGUCUGGAGCUGGCGCUGGACGCGGCAGCAUGCGAACCGCCAGCCGAGCGCGAGGUGCUGCACGACCACCCAGCAGCCCCUCGCAUCCAUCAUCCCCACCAGCUGGCUUGGUGUCGGCAGGGUCUUCGCGGGCCCAGCAAUCGGCACCCGCCUCUGGUGGAGUACGCCGCAUGCGUUGGACAACCCAGAUGAACAGCAACGCAUUGCGGGCGUAUUUUGGGGCGAAAGGGGGAGAAACUGGAUGUUUGGCGUAUCGGGCUAGGAUGCAUCGUCUUUUUGCUGAGCUGGAGCCAUCUUUAACCGUCACAGAGCAAAACCUGGCAGACCGAGUUCGGUAUAUCUUGCGCUCAAAUAUAUUUGAUGUCGCCGAACUCGAACGGCUACGACGUGAGGCUGUUCCCUCGUCGGAUAAGAAUGCUACGGCUGAGGAUGCGGCGCCACAAAUGGUAGAGCAACCCGCAAACGUGGAUGCCGCCGUGAAUACCCCAGUUGUGGUUGAUUCAAACGAUGAUGGAACAGUCGCCCAGGAACUGGAAUUAGAGCAUAUGAGGAGUACAUUGGAAGAGGCGAUUGUGGAAACGCGCAGUACGCCUCUCGAAAAUCGACCGCGACUUCCCCGCAUAGCCCUAAGCAAGCGGAAUCGGGCUGUCGUGAGGGCUCUGAACCCAAUGCUGGUGACCUAUUUGGAAGCCAGCCGGGACCUUUGCGAGACGGACUCAAUUCUUUUUGGCGCCGCGCUGGCAGUCUGCCGUAUCAUAAGCGCCAAGGUUUCCACGGCUGGACGCGCUACUGGCCAUAGUAGCGCUAUCCCAGCAUGGAGAAGAAGAAUUGAGGAACGUAUCGCAAAGGCUAGAGCUCUCAUCGGCAGACUGAUAUGCUUCAGAUCAGGCAACAACAGGCCAAGAAUUGUGCGCACCGUCAGGAUGGCGUUUGCUGGGACAAAUGUCAGUUUGUCCCAGCCGGAUAUAACGCAAAAACUGACGGAGCGCAUAGAUGAUCUGAAGCAGAGAAUCGCUGCUUGGGGAAAACGGAUUCGGCGAUAUACCGAGAGGUCGACACGGUUCAACCAGAAUCGUCUCUUCCAGAGUGAUCAGAAGAGGCUCUAUGAAUCAUUGGAGCGACCAAUGGUAAGUGGAACGGGUCCAGCACCGAAUCAGGCCGACACUGUAGCAUUCUGGCGCGGCCUGUGGUCAGAGCCCGUAAACCACAGCGAGGGCCCUUGGACGGAAGUUGUGGCGAGUCAGUGUGCGGGUAUUACGCCCAUGGACCCCGUCAUCAUAACGCCGGAUGACGUAGCUGAGGCGGUCCGUAGGGCCCCGAACUGGAAAAGUCCGGGGCUUGACGGGCUGCAUCACUACUGGCUGAAGGGGUUCAUGAGAAUAAUAUGGUGUACCUCAAUCGAUGAGUCCCCAAAAUGCCCCACUCCUGCUCUACCAUAG